UUUAUACAUUUGCUUGUGUUUAUUCCUGUUACAAAGAAAGUUGUGAUAUUUGGCAAAAAAGUUGAAAAUCAGAUAUUUUGUUAGAAAUUAUUUCUCUCGGGAUGAUACGCGAGUGGAAUAUGUUGACAAUUGACUCUUCACUGAUGGGUUUGGAUUAAUGAAAACUUACAAGACGUAAACGACCAUCGUCGUGGAUAACAAAAAGGCAAUAUAAUGGCAGAAGAUGAGAGGCAAAUUAGAGCGUUGGCUGAAAGCUUGCGGAAUGAAUCUAUAAACUCUCAGAGGAGUUUAUACUCUCAGCAAAACAUAACACGAACACCGGAUAUCAUUCUUAGCGAGGAUAUUAUCGCGGGUGCCAUGCUGUACGGGAGGAUGUCCAACGUCAGACGUUUCUUUUGCCUUUUCGUUACCUUCGAUCUUCUGCUCACCUUCCUUAUGUGGCUUAUAUGCACAAUGAUUGCUGGCGAGAGUUUAGCGUCUGCUUUCACGAAUCAAGUAGUCCAUUAUCAUAUAAAAACUUCGCUUUUCGACAUAGUGAUGACAGCGAUUUGUAGGUUUAUAGUGUUGUUACUCUUCUAUGCGUUGCUCCAUUUGAACCAUUGGAUCAUCGCAGCCCUAACAACUGCCACGACAUGUGCUUUCUUAAUGGCCAAAGUGUUCCUUUUCGAUUGGUCAAGAUGUAGUCAACCAGUAUUUCAAGUUCUUCUUAUCCUUACGUCUUUUGUAUUGCCUUGGGUUGAAGUUUGGUAUUUUGAUAUUCGCGUGCUACCUCAGGAAACAAAAGCUACACGUUGGUUUAGAAAUGUCGCGGAGAGUGAAAGAGAACCACUUCUCCGGAGGUUUACUUCCGAAUCACGUCAAUAUACCAAUGUUGAACCCACUGGUGGAUUUUUCACACCUAUAGAUUCGCCAGAUUAUUCUGACCAUGAGGAUAAAUAUCCUACAAAUACAAGACCAAGUAGCUCUAAAGGUUUGUCGAAAAGGAAUGAAACUCCGCCUAAAUCUGUACAAAAACUUACAUCAGAAAUGAUAGAGGAUUAUAAACGAAGAGCAAAUGCAUUAGUGCAAAAUUGUCAUACUUUAUUGCAAUCUCAAGAUUGGCAAAUUCAAAAUAUACUUACAAAUGGCGAUAUUAUCUUUUAUAUAAAUAAUUUUAAAUCGCUAGGAAAAAUUUUAAAAAUAGUAGGAAUUAUUGAAGCCCCAGCUAAUAUACUCAUGAACAAACUAUUUGAUGAAAUUGAGAUAUUACCAACGUGGAAUAAACUUGUUACAGAAUCGAGAAAGUUACAGUACAUUGACGAGAAUACAGAUGUUGUUUAUCAAGCCACAAAUGCUCAAGGCGGAGGCAUUAUUGGUGCUCGAGAUUUUGUUAUUUUAAGACAUCGCAUUCACUAUGGCAAUUACUAUAUUAAUAGUGGUACAUCGGUACCUUUCCCAUCGUUACCAAGUCGUAGUAAUGUUGUCAGGGGCGAAAACAAUUUAAGUUGCUGGGCAGCAGAACGGUUACCUAACGAAGAGAACAAAUGUAGAUUUACAUGGAUUGUCAAUACAAAUUUAAAGGGUUGGAUUCCACAAAAAGUCGUAGAUAAAUCAAUGUCUACUGCAUUAGUAGAUUUUAUGUCUUACAUAAGAACGUACAUGGAUGAUACACAAAGAUCAACUGCUUAGUACAAUGCUCGUUUUAAUAAUUGAUCAAAAAAUCAUGGUCUUUCAUAGUCAUCCUCUGGAGUUGUGUAAUUGAAUGAACAUCGAUCUUUCAUUGCAUUUUUAAUAUUCCGAAAACAACGCAAUCUUUAAUUAAAUCAUAUUUGAUGUCCCUGCAGUGUUUUCCAUGUGUUAUGUACAUCAGUGAAAACUAAAUGACAAAUGUAGAAAGAGUCUCUAAAUGGUAUUUGUUGGAGAGCUGCCAGACUGACAGAACAGUAAAAGACUUUUUUUACACGCUUUGUAUCUCGUAAAGAAGAAUUAAAGUUAAGGGAUACUUGUUAUGUAUAAAAUAUGUAAAGAAAAUGAUUGAUAUCUUAUUUUCAAUGCAGUUAUAUUUUAAAUUAAUAGAAAAAUUUAUACAUUUUAAUAUAGAUGAAAUGGAAUUUAGGCAA